ACACGUUCUCGGCAGCGGCAUUUCUCCCACUUAAGGAUUACGGACUUGUUCAUCGUUGGAUUUUAUCGCCGGCACCGAAUCAGCCACACAAGCACAAUGACUUUGAACAAGGGGGACAAACUCAGGAGCAUGGAUAAGAGAAGAGGGAGCAUGCCUUUCCCCAUGAACGUGCCCAAUCUGCACCGGAGGAGCAUGCCGGUGGAUGACCGGGACCUGCGCGCCACCGUGCCGGAGACCGUGCAGACAGACGAGAUGUCCAACCUCCUCCGCUGCACUUCUUAUUCACCGACCGAGCAGCACAGAGGCAGUUGCGCGUCGGACUCCUCCGACUCCGUUAUUUCCACCGGGAGCGAGCCGGAGUCCCAGGUCUACAAGGUCGUCCUCCUGGGGGAACACGGCGUUGGAAAGUCGAGUCUUGCCCGCGUCUUUGGGGGUGUCGAGGAUGCCGGUCACGACUGCGAUGAAGCAGGAAACACUUAUGACAGGUCGAUCGUGGUGGAUGAGGAGGAGGCCUCCAUCGUGUUGUUUGACAUCUGGGAGCAGGAUAACAGUCAGUGGCUGAAGGAGCAGUGCAUGAGGAUGGGAGACGCCUACAUCAUUGUUUACUCAGUGACAGACAAAUCGAGCUUCGAAAAGGCAUCAGAGCUGCGUAUUCAGCUCCGCAGAGCCCGGCAGUCUGAAAACAUCCCCAUCAUCCUUGUCGGCAACAAGAGUGACCUGGUGCGGUCCAGAGAGGUGACUGUGGAUGAGGGAAGCGCUUGUGCAGUUGUGUUCGACUGCAAGUUCAUCGAGACCUCUGCCUCUCUUCACCACAACGUUCAGGACUUGUUCCAGGGCAUUGUCAGACAGAUACGCUUGAGGAAAGACAGCAAGGAGGAGAACGCGCGACGAAUGGCCAACUGCAGGCGCAGGGAGAGCAUCAGUAAGAAGGCGAAACGAUUUUUGGGUCGAAUGGUCGCACGCAAGAACAAAAAGAUGGCCUUCAGGCAGAAGUCAAAGUCCUGUCACGACCUGACGGUUCUCUGAGGACACAGCAAGACCGAGGGACAUUCAAUUAUUUGGCCUCUGAAGACCAGACGCUGUGUGUUUUUAACACUAACCCCUGAGGACUUAUAGAGCUGUUCAAAAGUCUAUUUUUACUUUCUAGUCGAGAGGAAUUUAACCAGUGCAUCAUGAUUUUAACAUGCAUGACGCUUUGACACUUUCCUCAUCUGCCUUAUUAUGUAUUACCAUCAUAGUGAGAGGAAGGAAAAUGCACAUUGUUUUCUAAUAAUCAGCAAAUAUUUAUGUUCUGUUUGUAUUAUUCUUGUUUGGAUGAUGAAUGUGAGGACAUUAUUGUAAAUACGUUAUCAUGACUGCGGCUGAAUAAAAGAAACAUCUCAUGGUCCGACACAAAGAUCGCAACACUUGGGAGUGGAGGUGUGCAGGUUCGUGCCUCAGCCAAGUUCGACUCGCCACAGCAACGAUGAAACUCUGUGAUUCUUUGUUAUUUUAAAACAUUGAAUUCAGUUUGUGAAUGUAUUAGUGGAGCAAUAAAUUAUGGCAGUUUUGUGACAUCACUUAGGAUGUUUUUGUUUACAUGAAAUGCAUCUUUUUUUAAUA